CUUCCUGCAGCCUCUUCCGCUCGCCGGCUGCGGCGCCUGGGACGGUUGCGGUGGGUCUGGGCGCUGGGAAGUCUUCCAAGAUGAUUAAAAAAUUCGACAAGAAGGACGAGGAGUCUGGUAGUGGCUCCAAUCCCUUUCGGCAUCUGGAGAAGAGCGCUGUCUUGCAGGAGGCUCGUAUAUUCAAUGAAACACCCAUCAAUCCAAGAAGAUGUUUGCAUAUUCUUACGAAGAUUCUUUACCUACUGAACCAGGGUGAAUACUUUGGAACCAUGGAAGCCACAGAAGCCUUCUUUGCCAUGACACGCUUGUUUCAGUCCAAUGAUCAAAUCUUGAGAAGAAUGUGUUACCUUACCAUCAAAGAAAUGGCUAACAUCUCCGAGGAUGUGAUCAUCGUCACAAGCAGCCUAACCAAGGACAUGACUGGGAAAGAAGACGUGUACCGAGGCCCCGCCAUCAGGGCUCUCUGCAGAAUCACUGACGGAACAAUGCUGCAAGCGAUUGAAAGGUACAUGAAACAGGCCAUCGUGGACAAGGUCGCCAGCGUCUCCAGCUCAGCGCUGGUCUCCUCCUUGCACAUGAUGAAGAUAAGCCAUGAUGUGGUUAAACGCUGGGUCAAUGAAGCCCAAGAAGCUGCUUCCAGUGAUAAUAUUAUGGUUCAGUAUCAUGCCCUGGGAGUCCUGUAUCACCUUAAACGGAACGAUCGCCUUGCUGUUACUAAGAUGUUGAAUAAAUUUACUAAAUCCGGUCUCAGAUCACAGUUUGCUUAUUGCAUGCUGAUCCGAAUUGCCAGUCGCUUGCUAAAAGAAAAUGAAGAGGGCCAUGAAAGUCCACUCUUUGACUUUAUUGAGAGCUGCUUGCGAAAUAAGCACGAGAUGGUUAUUUAUGAAGCGGCUUCAGCCAUCAUCCAUCUUCCUAACUGUAGUGCUCGCGAGUUGGCACCUGCUGUUUCCGUUCUUCAGCUUUUCUGCAGCUCUCCAAAGCCAGCUCUGAGAUACGCUGCUGUGAGGACCUUGAACAAGGUGGCAAUGAAGCACCCCUCUGCAGUGACUGCGUGCAAUCUGGACUUAGAAAACUUGAUCACAGACUCCAACAGGAGCAUUGCGACCUUGGCCAUCACCACACUCCUCAAAACGGGAAGCGAGAGCAGCGUGGACAGGCUCAUGAAGCAGAUCUCCUCUUUCGUGUCUGAAAUCUCGGAUGAGUUCAAGGUGGUGGUUGUACAGGCCAUUAGAGCGCUCUGUCAGAAGUACCCCCGGAAACACAGUGUCCUGAUGACUUUCCUCUCCAACAUGCUCCGGGAUGACGGAGGCUUCGAGUACAAGCGCGCCAUCGUGGACUGCAUCAUCAGCAUUGUGGAGGAGAACACCGACAGUAAAGAGGCGGGGCUGGCCCACCUGUGCGAGUUCAUCGAGGACUGUGAGCACACGGUCCUGGCCACGAAGAUCCUGCACCUGCUGGGCAAGGAGGGCCCGCGCACGCCUGUGCCCUCCAAGUACAUCCGCUUCAUCUUCAACAGGGUCGUCCUGGAGAACGAGGCUGUGCGCGCGGCGGCUGUGAGUGCGUUGGCUAAGUUUGGGGCUCAGAAUGAGAGUCUUCUCCCAAGCAUCCUUGUACUCUUACAGAGGUGCAUGAUGGACACGGACGACGAGGUCCGGGACAGAGCGACCUUCUACCUGAACGUGCUGCAGCAGAGGCAGACGGCGCUGAACGCUGCCUACAUCUUCAAUGGCCUGACCGUCUCUGUGCCAGGGAUGGAAAAAGCAUUACACCAGUACACACUGGAGCCUUCAGAAAAGCCCUUUGACAUGAAGUCGAUUCCUCUUGCUAUGACUCCUGUCUUUGAACAGAAAACUGAAAUCACAUUGGUAACUACUAAGCCCGAGAAGUUGGCACCUUCCAGGCAAGACAUUUUCCGAGAGCAACUGGCUGCCAUCCCUGAGUUUACGACUCUUGGGCCCUUGUUCAAGUCCUCCGAGCCCGUACAGCUCACAGAGGCAGAGACCGAGUAUUCUGUGCGUUGUGUCAAGCACAUGUUCACGAAUCACAUUGUGUUCCAGUUCGACUGCACCAACACACUUUACGACCAGCUUCUGGAGAGAGUGACGGUGCAGGUGGAGCCGUCAGAGCCCUACGAGGUGCUGUGCUAUGUGCCCGCCCCCAGCCUCGCUUACAACCAGCCAGGAAUCUGCUACACGCUGCUUCGUCUGCCUGAGGAUGACUCUGCCGCAGGUACUCACCCCGGGCAGGGCAGG